AUGCCAGGCGAGACGCUAGCUCUUCCGGCGCCGCCGCCGGGCGGCUUGAAAGACGCCACGCCGUCAGUCCUGACGGCCGAAGAACGGUCUGGGCAGCAGAAACCGGCAGAGAAGCCGAAACCGGUGGUGGUUGCGACGCAGACGAAGACAAUCGGAAUCAUUCAUCCUCCUCCCGAUAUUCGCAGCAUCGUCGACAAAACCGCCACCUUCGUCGCCAGAAACGGCCCGGAUUUCGAAAAGAAGAUUCUCGCCGCGAACAAAGGCAACGUCAAGUUUAAUUUCCUCACACCCACCGAUCCCUAUCAUGCGUACUACAGGCACAAAAUUAACGAGCAGCUUGCGCAGCUUAAUCUUCCGGCUCAGCCCGAACCUAUAGCGUCCGAGCCUGGUGCAGGUUCGGCAGCUGGCUCGGCAGCCGGAGCUCCUGCCGGGGCGGCUCCGGGAGCAGCCGGGGCUGCAGCUGCGGUUGUCAAGCCUGCAGGCCCCGCAGGGCCUUUUCCGGAGGCUGGCAAAGACACGGCGGCAGCAGGGACUUCGGCAGCAGCGGCGAAGCUUCCGGAUCUGCCCGAACCGGAGCAGUACACGGUUCGGAUUCCGGAAGGCAUGUCCGGGCAGGAUUUGGACGUGAUCAAGCUGACCGCUCAACUCGUGGCGCGAAACGGAAAGACGUUCCUAACGGGUCUGAUUAGCCGCGAGCACAUGAACCCGCAGUUUAAUUUCCUCAAGCCCACGCACAGCCUAUUCACCUUCUUCACCGCUCUCGCUGACGCCUACUCCAAAGUGCUAAUGCCUCCUAAGGAGGUAUUAGACAAGGUGAAACGCGACGCGGGGCCGGGUGGGCAGGCGGCGAUAAUGGCGCGGAUCCAGACGCGGCUCGACUACGAGAAAAAGCAGGAGAAGGCGCGGAAGAAAGCGGAGGACGAGAUCGAGCAGGAGCGAUUACAGAUGGCUUUAAUCGACUGGCACGAUUUCAUAGUCGUAGAGACGAUCGAAUUUGCGGACGACGAGGAGGCGGAGCUGCCGGUUCCGAUGACUAUAGAGGAGGUGAUUAGAAAGAGCAAGCAGCUGGGCGCGGACGAGGAGCUCGAGGCGGAGGACGCGGCGGCCGUCGCGGCGGCGGAGGCGGGCGCGAAGCCGGGGACGAAGGCGGCGGCGGCGGCGGCGGAGAAGGCGAAGGGGGAGAAGGAGGCGGCGCAGACGAUGGACGCGGAGGAGAUGACGCUGGUGGAGGAGGGCAUGCGCGCCGCGGGGAUCGCGGAGGGGGAGGGGGGGAAGGGCGCGGAGAAAGGGGAAGGGGAGAAGGCGGAAGGGGAGAGGGGAGGGGAGGAGAUGGAGAUGGGGGAGGAGGGAGGUGCGCCUGCUGGUGUUCCUCCGCCCCCACCACCACAGAUGCCGCCGCCGCCGCCGCCUGCUGAAGUGGAGGAGGUGAGUGGGACGUGUGUGCAGGGGGAGUGGGUCAGGGCAGGGCUGGGUUCGUUCGUUUGUUGGAAAUGUUCGUUUGUGAUGAGCUGGGUGGGGAAUUUCAGUGCUUUGGUCCUUGGAAUGCGCAUUGUGCGAACUAGAAGUGGCCCACCCACACUAUUCCCUCUCUGUCCGCCCACCCCCUUUUCCCCACCCCAACUCCCCUCUUCCCCCCCUUCCCCCCCUCUCCCCCCCCCCCUCCCUCUUUCCCUCUCUCACCAGAACGAGAUGGACAUGGAAGAGGAGGAGGAGGAGGCACCAAUGCGCAUCGUGCGCAACUGGAAGCGACCGGAGGAGCGAGCAGCUGCCGAUCAAGACCCCACCAAGGUGGUGGUGUCCCCGAUCACGGGCGAGCUGAUCCCGAUCGCGGACAUGGCGGAGCACAUGCGCAUCUCGCUCAUCGACCCCAAGUACAAGGAGCAGAAGGAGCGCAUGCUCGCCAAGCUGCGCGAAAACACCCUCGCCAACGAUGACGAGAUCUCGAAAAACAUCGUCGGGCUGGCCAAGACGCGCCCGGAUAUCUUUGGGACCACCGCAGAGGAGGUUUCGGAGGCCGUGCGGGCGGAGAUGGAGAAGAAGAAGGACGAGGGCGCGCCGAGCCGGGUCAUGUGGGACGGGCAUACGGCCAGCAUCGGCCGAACCGCCACCCAGGCCUUGCAGCAGAGCCUUGCUCAGCCGCCCGCCGUGGAGAAAAAGGACGAGCCGAGCCGCCCGGUUUCGGGCCCACAAGCCCCGGCUCCGCCUCCUCCUGCUGCUCGUCCUGCUGCUCUCCCGCGCCCUCCUGCCGGGGGUCCCCCUCCGGGCAUGGGGCACAUGCGUCCCGGAGGCAACAUGCCUCCACCCAUCGCCACCAUGGCUGCUUACGGCAUGCCCCGCAUGCCCAUGUCUGGCAUGCCUGGAAUGCCGGGCAUGCCGGGUAUGCCUGGUAUGCCUGGUAUGAUCAACCCCAUGCUGAUGGCUCAGAACCAAGCUGCUGCUGCGGCGGCUGCUGCAGCAGGAGGGAUGUUUGGCAUGCGGCCGCCCAUGAUGGCUCCAGGGCAGCCAGGGAUGGUGCCGGGAGGGUUCCCGGGGUUCCCGGGGGGCAUGCCCAUGGGUGUACCUAUGGGGAUGCCGGGAGGGGUGCAGAUGGGUAUGGGUAUGGUUCCGGGGGGUAUGGUGCCUGGAGGCGCUGCUGCGGCGGCGGCAGGAGGGGGAGGUGGAGGGGAGGAUGAGCAUGAUGCAAAGAGGCAGAAGACAGAGGAGAAUCUGAUUCCGGAGAAUGUCUUCCUCGCACAGCACCCGGGCCCAGUGCGGGUGGUGGUUAUGCUUCCCUCUGUGGAGGGCGAGCCGGCACUCAACGGGCAGAAGGUGGAGGUGCUGGUGUCGUCACUCAGCGAAUCAACGGGCGCAUUCAAAGAGCAUAUUGCGCAGGCUCUGGGUGGCAGCGUGCCGGCCAACAAGCAAAAGCUCAGUGGCAAGGCAGGCUUCUUCAAGGAUUCGCUCUCCCUAGCGUAUUAUAAUGUUGGGCCUGGAGAGGCGGUGGUUAUGAGCUUGAAGGAACGUGGAGGCAGGAAGAAAUAG